AUGAAGCUUCUGCCCAUCAUCCCGCUCCUCCUGCUUCUCCUGACGAGGCUGGAAGCCAGACCAAAACCUGCAGGCUUGGCCCUGAAGUGCAGGACAGGUCCCCUGGACAUCGUGUUUGUGAUCGACAGCUCACGCAGCGUGCGCCCCUUCGAGUUCGAGACCAUGCGUCGGUUCAUGAUGGACAUCAUCAGCAGCCUGGACGUGGGCCCCAAUGCCACGCGGGUCGGGGUGAUCCAGUACUCCAGUCAGGUGCAGAACAUCUUCUCCCUCAAGACUUUCUUCACGCAGGCAGACAUGGAAAAGGCCAUCAACAGCAUUGUCCCGCUGGCCCAGGGCACCAUGACAGGGCUGGCCAUCCAGUACGCCAUGAACGUGGCCUUCACCACGCAGGAGGGCGCACGCCCUCUGCACAAGAAGAUCCCCCGCAUUGCCAUCAUCGUGACGGAUGGACGACCCCAGGACCGUGUCACCGAGGUGGCCACCCAGGCCCGGAACGCUGGCAUUGAGAUCUACGCCGUGGGCAUCCAGCGGGCAGACAUGAACUCGUUGCGUGCCAUGGCCUCACCGCCGCUGGAGGAGCACGUCUUCCUGGUGGAGUCCUUCGAGCUCAUACAGCAGUUUGGGAAGCAGUUCCAGGACAAGCUCUGUGGGGUGGAUAUGUGCACGGGGCAGGAGCAUGGCUGCCAGCACAGCUGCAUCAGCACCCCUGGCUCCUUCUACUGUGAAUGCAACCCAGGCUACAGGCUCAACGUGGACGGAAAGACCUGUUCCUUCAUCGACGCGUGUGCGGACGGGAGACAUGGCUGUCAACACCAGUGCGUCAGCGUCCGUGGGUCGUACACGUGCCACUGCCAUGCAGGUUACUACCUCCACCAGAACAAGAAGAGCUGCUCCAUGAUCGAUUACUGCAGCUUCGGAAACCACAGCUGCCAGCACGAGUGUGUGAGCAUCCCCAACGGGCACUACUGCCGCUGCCGCAGCGGGUUCACGCUGCAGCCCGACAGCAGGUCCUGCAGAGCCACUGACCUCUGCAACGGGGUGGAUCAUGGCUGCGAGUUCAAAUGUGUGAGCAUGGAGGGCUCCUACCGCUGCGUGUGCCCUGAGGGUCAGCAGCUCCAGGCUGAUGGCAAGGCGUGCAGCAAGUGUGGGGCUGGACAUGUCGACCUGGUGAUGGUGAUUGAUGGUUCCAAGAGUGUCCGGCCCCAGAACUUUGAGCUGGUGAAGCAGUUUGUGAACCGCAUCGUGGACCUGCUGGAGGUGUCCCCCCAUGGCACACGCGUGGGGCUGGUGCAGUACUCCAGCCGUGUGCGCACCGAGUUCCCCCUCAACAAGUACCACAGCGCGGAUGAGAUCAAGAAGGCAGUGAUGGAGGUGGAGUACAUGGAGAAAGGCACCAUGACAGGCCUUGCCCUCAAGCACAUGGUGGAGCACAGCUUCUCCGAGCUGGAAGGUGCCAGACCUCUCUCCCACAACAUCCCCAGAAUCGGGCUCGUCUUCACAGAUGGGCGCUCCCAGGAUGACAUCUCUGAAUGGGCCAGGAGAGCAAAGGAGUCAGGGAUCGUCAUGUUCGCUGUGGGUGUUGGCAAGGCUGUGGAAGAGGAGCUGAGAGCGAUCGCCUCUGAGCCGGUGGAGCAGCACUUCUCCUACUCAGCAGACUUCACCACCAUGACCCACCUCGUGGAGAACUUCAAGCUGAACAUCUGCCCAGAGGAGGGCAAAGGAGAGACAGAGAUCCGCAGCCCCUGCGAGUGCGAAGCGCUGGUGCAGUUCCAGACGAACACUGUGGCCAUCCUGCAGAGCCUGACCGAGAAAAUUGCUCAGAUGACAGCCAGACUUGAAGACUUGGAAAAGCAGAUUGCCAAGAAGAAGUGA